AUGGAUUCUAGAAAGCCUUCUUUAUUCAAUCAACUCGAACCACAAAAUGACGAUAGUGAUUCAACAGAUAUAAGUGACAUAAGUGAAGAUGAAGAUUGGGAAGAUGAUCCACCAGUAUCACCUAAAUCACAACCACUAGAAUUUCCAAAAUUAGAUCAUGACGUUCCACUACCACGUCCCCCAUCAUUAUUAUCCUGUCUAUUAUACAAUAAUGGCAAUAAUGGUACUAAUGGUAAUAAUAAUAAUAAUAAUAAUAGUCACUCUAACAACCUUCAUGCUACGAACAACAACACUCCCAACGCGAAUGAAAACAAUCAUAUUUACAAACCUAGACUACUUCGCUCGUUUACAACACCAACAGCAUUACCACCACUACAUACACCAUUAGUCAAACAAAAAAGUGUAGUGGGAAUAUCAGACAUUAAUGUUUCAAUAAGUAGUUUGACUACUACUUCAUCACAUCUUUCAAUGAAAAAUUUGCUAUCGAAAUCUUCCGUCAACUUGUACAGUGCCGGGUCUACGACAACAGCAACCACAACAACCGCGCUGAGACCCAACAAACGAUUAUCACAACCAGACCAACUUAAACCAUCUCCUAGCUCACUAACAUCAUCUAUACUAUUUAUGUCUCAACCACCGGAUUCAGCUACUACACCACCACCACCAAUUCUUCCCAGAAUAACAACAACUGAUAGUGAUUUAACUGAUAAACUAAUCAAUAAUGAUGAAUUGAGUAAAUCUUUGAAAGAAUCUCUACUUAUUGAUAAUCGAUUAGCUAAGAUACCUUUACCAGAAAAAGUGAUUGAUGCAGGUAUAUUUUUAAAACGAGAAAGUAGAUUGGCUGAUGAAGACGAUUUUGAUGAUUACCAUUCUAAAGGAUGGUAA